AUGCAGUUUCCAUUAAAUGGUUUGACGUUUGUUCUUGAUCAAUUGGAUCUACGUUUCAAAGAAAAAACCCAACUUAUUAACUAUCUGCGUGAACAAAAUGCUAAAAUAGCAUCUGUUCUAACAGCUAGUACGGAUUAUCUAUUAGUAAAACGUGAAAUGGAUACGUACAAAACUCUUCGCGCCAAAAAACUUGGUAUACCGUCAUUAAAUAUUAACUACAUUUAUGAAUGUCAACAAAAUCCAGAUAAAGUAAUUGAUCCAAACUCGUUUAUUGUAACAUCACCAGAAGAUAAAGAAAAUUUCAAAAAUGGAAAUAUACCUAUUAAAUGCAGCACAGCGCAAUCUAGUAGUUCAGUUACAAAACUGAACAUUAAUACAAGUAAAAUAAAAGUUUGGAAUUAUGAUGAUAGUAAUUUGCCAAAAUUUGACGAAGAAAAUGCAGAAGUGGCUAAAUGGGCUAUAUUUAAAGAAACAAACGAUUAUUCAUAUGUUUAUUUUGUACUUGAAAUUCAAGUUAUACCAAAUAAUUAUUUUCAAUUUACGACGAGCGAUUAUCGAAUCAGGUUUCGUUAUGAAAAACAGGCAACUACGGAUGUCCAGAAUAAAAAUGAAACAAAUAAUGUAUGUAUUCAAUAUAUGUUUACUGAUGAUGUUAAUGAACAACAGCAAUUGUUUUUAUCCUAUUAUAAUCGAAUUGCGACAAUGCCUCGAAUAGCAAGAAUAAAAGAUAUGUUACCAAAUAAAAUUGGUUCUAAACUUCUUCUACGUCUGUUGUGGAGUCAUAAAAUUGAUACACAAACAUUAGUUGAUAGUGUUUGUCAACUUGUUGAAUCUAUAUGGUUGGAAUCCAUUGGUGAUUUACAAGAAAUGCUCAAUGUUAAACCAGAAUCAAUAAUAUUAAAAAAUAGAUGUUCACCGACGGCUCGAAUUAUAACCUAG